CGCAAUCAGCAGUGGAUGGAAAUCCUUCCUCGUGAUCAAUUUUCUCCUUUCUCUUACCCUCAUCAGGGGGUGUAUUCGGUGUUUUUUGCCAGGGAAAACUUGAGUAAAAUCUGUUGCAACUAACCGUGAAAGGAAAACGCAUACAAAGCACGAAAUUCUCUCGCUCUCGCGCCCAUAGCUCGUUUUAUCGGGGUGUUGUUGAGGACCUUGCAAAGCUGAGAGUUUUUCAACACAACACAUUUUCCGACGUUCCGUGACCGAAGCCAGACGGGUUCUAGUUUUCCUUCCUAGUUGAGUUUCCGCGAGUGGCUAUUGUGGAGCCGCCUGGUGGUUCCAGUUCAAGUAGUGUUUUACCCUUAAGAAAAGUGACAAAAUAGUGCUACCGUGAAAUUGGGAGGCUCGCUUCGAAGAUCGCGUCGUGACCCUUUCAUUCCCUUAGACCCCUCCUUUUUCCCCCGAGUCCUUGCCGGAAUUCCUUUCGACAAAGUGCGGUGCAAUUAUAAUCCGGGUCUUUCGGAAUCUAGUGCUUGAACCUUUGCUGCAUCGAAUCGUUUUGGGAAAGAAAAAAAAAUCUCGAAGAGCGUCAAGAGUGCUGUUGCAAAUCGGCACAUGUGUCGAAAUACGCUUUGUAGUCUCGGAAAAGUGCGUGGAAAAUUUAUGAACCUUUGAAAUCGAGUAUACACAUCUCAGUGAGCGUCGAAUAGUACCGCAUUAACACCAGUCAGUCAGUGUGGUGGCGAUUUUAGUUGAUGAAAUAUUCCACUGCUUGCUGCGUAGUCUGGCGUAGUUGUGUGUGCCUAAGGAUACUUGUGGUGUGAUUCGUCUGAAAUUCAGUGCACAGCAGCCUACUUUUCGGAAGCAAUCGCUUGAAGUGAUCAGGUGGGGGUAAAAAUCUAAUGCUACAUUAAACAGCUCUGGGAUGUUAUUGUAUUGUUAAUUUGUUAAGAAAAAAGCUGGAUUUCAUGAAUUAAAAGUGAAGUAAUAAUUAUGGUAGAUAGUGCACCCUUAUAAUAAUAUACCGUAUUUAGAUAAUAGACCAGUGUUCCAACAAGUCUAGCUUUUAACAAAUCUGCAAGGGGUCAAGUGUUUUGUUUUCACUGUUGAAUUGCUCAUUAAAGUUCUCUUUGUUCAGUGCAUAAAGUUUUUGUCUGUGUGUUUCGGGAAACCCACAGAUUCCGGUUCCUAGACAGGAAAACUUCCACCACAUCACAGCAGCAUUGAUUUCACGCAUCUUCCCAUUGUGUUUCCGAUAGCGGAGAGCAAAGUGGUUCUGGAACUUGUCAUCCCAGUCUUGAAGCUUUGCAUGCCUGUGUUGCACCACAAUGGGCGUUUGGGUACGCGUAUAGAAAAACCCCGCGCGCUCUGACCUGUAUCUGUGUGGCUGAGGCAUUCCACUCCAGACAAAACCCUCUGCUGACCACCCCAGGGAUACAAAGAAAAACACAUUCCCCUGGAAAAGAGCUCCACAGCUUUCGGAAAAUUUGUACGAGAGUGAAAAUUUACGGUGCGUGAGAGAAGGAGACCCUUUGAGAGAGAAGAAAUCCUUGGUUCCGAACCCGGUUUAGCUUUGCUGCUGCUUACUGCGGACUUUCGAAAUAGGUUCACGUGAAAAAAAAACGCGAGUUCUCCAAUAACAGAAGCUUGGUGAGAGCAAAAGAGAUAAGCACACCAGCAAAACAGUAACAACAGCAACAACUUUCACAACAACAGGCUAACAGGAGAAAAAAAAUAGAAGUAAAAAUGUCGUCAAACGAUGCAAACUUUAUGCUUUUCCCCAACAUCAAUGACUGUUCGUACGUGUCCUGCUAUUGCGAGGAAAACGUAUGGAAGCUGUGCGAGCAGGUGAAAAAGACACAUCCGGCCGAGCUGGCGAAAAGCUACGCCGUGUUCGUGUCCAACGAGCGAAGAACCGUGCCACUGUGGAGGCAGAAGGCCGGCCGCGGCGACGAAAAGCUGGUGAUAUGGGAUUAUCACGUGUUCUUCAUGCACAACCCCUCGCCGAACCGGUGUCUGGUGUUCGAUCUGGACACGACCCUGCCCUUCCCGACCUACUUUCACAAGUACGUGACGGAAACGUUCCGAUCCGACUACGCCGUUACCCCGGAACACCAUAGAUUUUUUAGAGUAAUACCUGCCGAAAAAUACCUAGCGGAGUUUUCGUCCGACAGAAGGCAUAUGCGCAGACCGGACGGAUCGUGGAUCAAACCGCCCCCAUCUUAUGCUCCAAUUCAAACUAGCACCAACACGCACAGCCUGGACGACUUUAUCUGCAUGAAGCCGGGCAAGGGUCCCGGCAGUGUGUACGAUUUGCUCCAUUUCGUGCAACAGUUCUACAAACCCCCGGAUCGGAACAUCACCAAAACGCAAAACUAAGUCACUCGGCAGCUCCCGGUGUGGUUGGAGUUGGGUUGAGUGGCCUUGCAGGGCAAGAGGAUACGCUUAAUUAUUCCGAUGAUGGUUUGGCGGGGAUUGUGCGGGCUACGAAAUUAAACGAAAGAGAGCGAAAAGCUACGGAGGUCCUGGGUGCUGAAAGGAGGUAGUCGAGUGUUAUAGAAUACUCUAAUAUAAUUAAAACAAACAACAACAAGGAAAAAGCGAACUAAUAAACAAACAAACUGAAAUACCAAAUAAAACGCGAAGACCCUUUCCUCAAGCAAACAAAAACUGAAAAAAAACACAAACACACACUAGGUAUGAUAUUUAAUGAUAUUUCGUGUCGCGGCGAGUGACUAGUAGGGAGUUCAACGGACUCAACCUUGGAAGGUUAACAAUUUACUGAUUAUUUAAUGUAAGAGAUAGAAAAAAAACUACUAUGCUACGCUACAUACUUUGAGCCGUUGAAGCCUAUGGUUUGGUAGGAUAAGAACUUUUAAUUUUGAGAUAAUUAGGCACGCUAGCCAUUUUGCUGGAACCAACUGUUGAUGGUAAAUAGUGAUGAUUAUUUUAUACAAUAAGGUGUUACUUCUGUUUCUGAUAAAAAUUGAUACUUUGGAGUGAAUGAAAUACAAGUUCAGAAUGUGUUUGGUUAAGCAAUUCGUAUAAUGAUCUUUAAAUUGCAUGUUAAGCCUUGUUAUUCGAGUCACGUGACAAGACUUGCGAAAUUUCACCUUAACUACUGUAAGUAUCUAAGCCAAGAACCGUGUUCAAGUUCAAAUGAGUUCCUAGAACUAAUCGAAGCUCAUUUGAAUUGAAAUUUCUUGUCUGCAUACAAAACUCGGAAAAAGGGGAAAUUUAGUGAGUCAAGUCAAGUCAAAUGACUUGCAGAAUAAGGAACAUCAUGUUAACUUUAUUCAUUACCUUUAAAAAUCUAAUCUACACGUUUCCUGAAGACGACCGUACUCCAAAGCUGGAUCAACAGUUGGUGUCAAGCGCAUGGCUUAAGCUGUUAAUUAAAUAAAAAAAAAAUCGGAUCGUUCACAGAACACUUUGCAAAUCAUGAAGUUUAUUUUUGUGAUAGGCAAAAAUCUAAUCCAGUGCAAGUGCGUCCAAUUUGAGAAAAAGUUGCUGUAAACAGUAUAAAGCGAAAUGUUUGCAUUUGGUUUUAGUGUCAUAAAAGUUUAAUUAGGAUGAAAAAAAUUGAAAUAAGAAUUAUCUAUCGACUGUUAAGUAUUUCCAGUGGAUAAAGUUGUUAGCACAGAGCAAAGCAUUUAUCUGUCAAAAGUUUUUUGUUCUAUCGUAUCUUGAACGUAUGUCUUCUUCUCAAAUAUUUGUUUUCCAGUCAAAUCAAGUUUAGGAUGUGUCUAUGAAGAAAGUUUGGACUAGAAAAUCAUGAUCAGUACGGAGCUAAAAAUAUCCGUAAGUUAGCUAGCCAGGUUUCCGUAGGACUUAACGCCAAAUAAUCUACUGAAUGCAGAUAUGAGAAUAAAAGCGUGUUAUCGGAAGUUACUAUCGAAGUUGGUUCCGAACUGGAAAACAAAUAAUUGAGGUUUCGGAUACAAAUUUUGAUAGGUUCGUUAGUUUAAGAAUCUAUAUUUGAAUAUUAGUUUUAGAUAGCUAGAAUUAUGAAAACAUUUAAAUGAUUGAAACUUUUCCUUUAUUUAACGCCUCUGGAAUUCAAAAGACAUAAUGACGCAUAAGAUUAUAUUUUCUCAAACUUUUGUGGAACUUGUGGAAAUAAUUCGAAAACUUUCAAAAAUCAAAAACUUAACCCGCAAAGACAAACAGAAACAAAAAAGUCUAGGAAAGAAAUACAUAAUUUAAAGCUGUGAGAUGAAAUUAGAAAGGAAAACCAAUUUUCAGCUCGAAAAAAAAAACAAACCGUUAAAAGGUGUGAACGAAAGCUGAACAAAAUAUUUUACUGUUAAGCUUACGAAAACGUAAACGCGAUCGAAAGAUUUAAUUAUGAUCAAAAACACCUUUUUCAAAACUUUUUAUGCACAAAUCUUAAAAUAACCUAACCCAGAAAAAAGGAAAAAAAAGUUAAACGAACAAUACACACCAGAAUGUGCAGAGAACAGGUCUAAAAAUGUUGAAACGGCCAAGCAAACACUGAUUUUAAUCAAAUGAGUUCUCAGUUCAAAAUCUAACGCAGUGUUAUAUAAUUAAGUAUACAUAAUAUUAUCUUUAAAACAAAACAACUAGAAAUCAAAUGAAAACGAACAGGCUAAAAGGGUGACCUUCAUUCAAGGCCUGGCCUUUCUUCGGACAUAUGGGCGAAAACUUUCUUAACGCCGAAACAAGCAGAACGGAAGGAAACGAAAAAAAGCGAUCUUACUCAAUCUACACCGCUAUGUGAUAUUAGUUAACAUGUUGAAUCGAGUUAAAUUUUUCACCAGUUUCCGUUUGGUUUCGCUACAUUUUCUUUUGAAUCGUCCGUCUUCUUCGCCAAAGUUGGUAUCUCCACACGAAGGACUAGUUAGGAACUUUUUGCACAAAUGAAGUUGUUACGAAUGAGAUGCAGGCACCUAAAACAGUUUAUCGAAAAAUUUCAUUCAGACUCAAAGAAUACUCCAACUUCCAAUGGUUCCGGCUCCAAAACUAUCUAAGCUCAUUUACAUCUGCCCGGAGCAUACUGGACAAGGCAAUCCGGUACAAAACCGGGGCAUUCAACAAAGUAACAAUUCCGUGGUGGCUCAUUUUCCGUGGAAAAGCGGCCGGUGCGUGUAAUUAUAUGGGCUGGUUUUUAGCGGACUUGUUGGUUGUAUCGUUGGUUUUUUUCCUUGCUUUCUUCUCGCAAACACGCCAACCUCUCCCCAGGAUAGCGUGCCAGUACACUCGAACAAGGCCCAAGGACGUCGUCGAAGGAGACGGUGAUGAAUUAUGGGGCGUACGAGGCGAUGAGGAUUACGUGAUUUACAUGCCAACUUGCCUUUUUUUUAGGUGAGCUCUGCUGGCUGCUGGUUUGCAGUUUUCCGCUGCUUCCAGACGGUACUGUUUCUAGUAUUUAGUAGUGUCGACACAAGGGCCAAAAUGAAAUAGACCCUGCGAAAUAACUAUAUCGUACCAUGAUAAAUUAAUGCAGCUAAUUUGUUUUAUAACUUUACGAUGUAAUGCCCAAAUAAUAUACAAUUAAGAGAGCUUGCAUGCGCUUAAAGGGUUAUUCAAAUGAUUGGCUUGCUUUUUGGAACAGGGGAUACGACCUAAUUUACGAACUAGCAGAAUCGACUUUUAAUUCUGAAUAGCAUGAAACGAAAAUAGAUACUAGAACAUGGCACAUUUGGUACAUCCGCUAAGCUAUAUGCAGAGACCAAAAUUGUACAAGGUCUGUUAAAAUCAAGACUGUUUUUUCCUUACAAUGCACACAUCACCGUUCAACUGACAUGUGGACGAAGUGAGUAGCAUUGCACAUCCUUCAGAUCCCUUUCAGACGUUCGAGAGUUGAAAAAAGCUGACUAAUGGAGCUAGAGAGUAAUAGAAAAGUGCAGCUUCAUUUAGAUAAAAAAAACUUAACGAAACCGCAACCCAAGAAUAGUCUCUUCUCAUCGAGGGUCUUGCAAAGAUUUAGUAUUUUUUAAACGGUGCGUUCGUUUUUCGAUUUGCAUCCCUGGGAAAGACGAGUGACCGCGACGCCCCAGUGUGCCCCAGUGACCUUGUCCCUAUCCGAGACUGCCCUUAUGUAUUGCGUUGGAUGGAAGACUAUACUUAUGUCGAUGCGCUCCACGGCCAAAUUCAUUUAAAAAAAUCCGAAAUGAAGGAGCUCCAAUGCCGGCGAUCCGGAGCCAGCAUCUUCACUUGCUGCCAGCCAAGGUUCUCGUAAACUGUGCGAAAUUCAGCGGCUGAACCAUGCCGCCAUGAGCUUCUGGGCCUGCCUUUCCUUCGAUGCCAAUAUAGAUUCAUUCAUGUAGUUGCUGAUCCGUUUGGGAUCCACUUGCCAGGCCACCAAGCGCGGAUGAUAUUUCGCAGGGAAAUACUUGCAGUUUUCGAGUCGUCACCGCAUAUGUGCACCUAGUUUCGCACCCGUACUACAACACGGAUUUCACGUGUGACUGUACGAUUCGGAUUUUCGUAGGAAAUGUGAUUCUUCAACCGACUUAAUGAUUUUCCCGAGUCGAAGUACGAUUUGGACGAUUAUCGGGAUUAUUGGCGUAGGCUUAACCCUAUGCAUCGAUUCGAGUGGUUCAAACGCGUUGAAAGCUACUCUACUUAGAGGGUAUUCCUCGUCAGUGAGAUACCCUUUCCUUACGGAAGUCUAUUGUAGAUAAGGUAACGUCUUAUUCUUUCUUCGUAGAAAACAGCACUAUUGGUGGUGGUUUUUUUUUCGGCAAGACGCAUUCUAUUCGGGUACUUCUCGACGAUGAAGAAUCCUACUUCACAUCCUUUGCAAUGUAGCAAUUCGGAUAACUCUUUGCAGCCGAUAGAUGCGAGUGUAAUCGUUCAUGGCUCUCUCAACCAGCAGGAUGUUUUAUUAUUUACCUGAUGAACAACAAUCCUCCAAUUCACUCGGUCCAUGGCAACCGUUUUCCAACUCCUCGGGCAUCUCACAAAAGCCAAAUUACGAUCGACUUUGUCUAAUCACCUCGCUAGUUCCGCCGUGCGCCCCUUCCCGUCUCGUUCCUACUAAAUUGGCAGCGAACACCUGUUUUGCAGGACAGUCGUCCGGCAUUCUAGCGACAUGUCCCGCCCAACGGGUACGCGCUAACAUGCUUGCCGCCUGCGGACCAGUCACGACAACCGACAACAUCGUGCGGAGGAUGUGUAAGAAUGCCAAUACUUGGCGCGUAGUCAGCGAUGGGUUCACCCGGAUCAUGACUGCCCUGCAGAGGAGUUGGAACCAGCACCAGUCCGCGACCGGUGUAGGGUGACUCCUUCGUCGGGGAGCACCUGAGUAGUGUGCGUCCGACCCUGGCAGUAAAGCAUCCAAAGAUAAGACUCUACCUUCUGCGUAUACCGAUCUGCUAGGUAAGCGUUAAAAACCCGUACGUGUGCUGUGACAGGCGCGAGUCCAUGAUAGGCUGUUCUCAAUUCAGCACACGGUGGGCAAAAAACCUUGGGUGGCCAGCCGAAAGGGAGGAGGAAGACCGGACCACGGUUGGAGUAGAAUGCCCUUUCGGCGUGCGGCGGCGGCGUGUAAUGUGCGUCCGAUCCUAGCAGUAAAGCAUUAGACUCUACCUUCUGCGUAUGCCUAGCUGUCUGGUACGUAGCGAACGUUGUGUAGGAUACCUCCACCGCCGCGGAGUAUCUGAGUAGAACGCACUACCUACGAGGGAAGCUGCGGGAAUAAGACUUGACCUUCUUCGCAGUCGAACUCGUAGGGGGAAGAAUAUUUAUGCCGCGAAAUACUCACGGGUAGGGGGACUUCACGUCGUCGGCGGGUGAAUCACUCGAGUCGGUGUAGGAUGACGUCUUCGCCGGGAAUCAUCCGAGUAGUUUCGUAAAGCCCUGGACGUGUGCUGUAACAGGCGCGUGUUCAGGAUAAGCUGCUCUCGAUUCGUCACACGAACGGGCAAAGUGGAGAGGGCCUCGAGCCAAACCAAGCGAAACCAAGAUCUCGAGUCGUUAGAGGAGAUGUCAUUGGUCUCUUGUAGUGGUCUCGAACAGAGGCGGAGCGCCCGAUAGUCGUGGAAACCAAGCGAGCCUCGAGUUCCGAGUAAAGGCCGGACCUCGAGUCGUCAGAGGAGAGGUCCUUAGUCUUGAAUAGUAACAAGAGGCAGGGUAUAUAUGCUGGAGUUUUGACUUGAAAUUGAGUAAGCCGAUGAGCGCUUUGCGCGAGUAUGGUCCCCAUCAUGGGUACAGCCUUCGUUGCAGAUCCGGAUGGGAAUUAUGGCCAGAGGCCCCAGGUGGACUUUAUGAUGUAGGAUACAUAGUAUCAGGAGUCAACAAUUGCACCCAUGGACCCAGACUAGCAAACUGGGGUGACGCGGUGGUUCGCCGUGCCGUGGAUUGUAAUCCGUAAAAGGUAUUUACCACCUGGGUAAUCAACUAAUCAAAAAAUGCCGGGUGCACUAGAGGUAUUCAUUCAGGUGUAUUGGUCAACGAAACCGACAGUUGAACACCAAUCAUCAGUUCAAACUGGUGGUAAUGAUACUUCAUGAAGCAUCCUUGUUUAGUGAGGAUCUGCGCCAUGUAGAGGCAGGCAAGUAUGAUAUCGUGGACUGUUUUCUCCGCGCGAUGGAAUCUGCCUUUCCAGCGAUCUUCGUCCUGGUACUGCAUCUUAAUCGGCCUACUCUAUCAGCAUUUUCUACCAGAACAUCGGUGCUGUCAAUUCCUGCCUGAUCGAUUAUCUGCUAGCUACUUCGUGCUUUUUUCUAAGAUAUCAUUGCCUUUACCGAAACAUGGCUGAGCACACCCUCUCAAGUCAGAUUUUGGCUCAGAUUGCAGAUGCAGUGUUUCAUUGCGAUCGUAGCACCUUUAAAAGCAAAAUCGUGGUGGAGUGUUACUCGCCGUUAGAUCUUAACUCUCGGCUUUGCUUAUCGAACACGUUUCCUGACACUAUCUGGAGCUUCUUGGACCCGCAUUGAUCUGGGCAAUUGAAAACUCGAUCCACGCGUAGUUUACGUGCCUCCUGAUGGUUCUGGCGACCUGGUUUUUGCAGUCCCUUUCGUGUUGCCUGUCUUAAGUCAGCUCUAUUUAUUCCUCCUGAGGAUGGCAUACUCGUCAUCGGCGACUUCAAAAUGCCCGGCCUAAAAUGGUGCUCCUCCCGAAGUGGAUUUCUGCACAGCAAUCAGCCAUAGUGGUCUCUCUCGAUGCCGCAAGCAUUUAUGCUCCCGUGAAGAGAAUGGCAUCCUUCUAUCAACAUUUCAAGAACGUGGAAGCUAUCUCCCUCGUCCUUGAGUCCAUCGAAUGAGGAAGAAAGCUCAAUCCUUCUGAUCCAAACGCAGCUGCUGAGACAUUUUCAAACAUUCUCAACUACAUCAUUAAUCGCCAUGUUUCGAAACGUAGGAUGGCUACCAAUCUAUGGGCUCCCUGGGUCACUAAAGAACUGCGGCGACUCAAGACAGCUAAGAAAAGUGCACUUCGAAACUACAACAAGCACAAAUCCCCUUACACUAAUGAAGAAUAUCGCAUAAAAAAGUCUGUAAGCUUAGCUACCAAAAUUAUCUAAACCAGUUACAAAAGAUUUUCAAGACCAGUUCAAAAUCUUUUUGGAAGUGGGUAAAAAAUCAACGAAAAGAACCAGGGCGAAUCCUAAUCCAGAAAUUUGUGAACUUUUUGCCGAGAAAUUUUCUAGUAUUUUCACAACUGGGGAACUUUCUUUGGAGCAUCUGGCCAGGGCUGUCGGAAAUAUACCAUCCCUAGGGUCAUCUUUGAAUGGUAUUCAAGUCGACGAUGCAGCUACCGUAAAAGCGACAGCUAAUCUAAAAAAUUCAUCUCCUACGGGCCCGGGCGGUAUAUCAGCUACAUUUUUGAAGCGUUUUAUGCCUGAUGUUUAUCUCUGCUGAUACCUAUUAGGUACACCUCUCAAUCAUCGCUGGACUGCGCAAUCUUUUACUCACUGUGGAAAGAAGCUCACAUGUUUCCUGUCUACAAAAAGGGAGAUAAGAGAGAUGUGAGCAACUACCGUGGAGUCUUCGCUCUAUGCGCGAUCGCCAAACUGUUUGAACUGGCUUCUUCAACGAUUAGCACGUGUUUAUGCCUAAACAAUCCACGACUACAAACCUACUGAGUUUUACAACGUUCGUGUAGGGCAGCUUUGUCAAUAAAACCCAAACUGACGCCAUUUACAUAGAUCUCUCAACGGCGUUCGAUAAGGCAAACCACGAUAAUGCAAUCGCAAAGCUCAAACGUUUAGGCUUCUGUUGUUCCCUAUUGGAUUGGUUUCUGAGCUACUUAAUGGGACGAAAGUUCGUACUGCUGAAACCUUUUCUAGGCAGUUCGUUGCCUCUUUAGGAGUGCCCCAAGGAAGUCAUUUGGGGCCGAUCAUUUCCGUGAUCUAUUUUAAUGAUGUACUCUCUUUCCUCGGCUGCACAAAGCUCACUUAUGCCGAUGACCUGAAACUUUUUCACAUCAUAAACGGUCAAGACGACAUCAACUUCCUGCAACAGCAAUUUACCGCUUUUGCUCACUGGUGCGACAUUGCUUGCCCUUGAACAGAAGCACCCUCUUCAUGCAGAGUACAUCCUCGGAGACGAAACCAUGAUGCGGUUGGAUCAGGCCGUUAUUCUCCAAUGAGGUACAUACAGAGGUGAUGAGAUAGGCACUAUGCAAUCGUAGUGGUAAUGUUUUUUUCUCGUAAACAUUGUAACCAUGGCAAAAGGUGACGUCACUACCGACGCGAAAAAUCAACGAAGUCGGCUGCUUGUUAUUUUGGUUACAAAACAAACAACCUGGGAAAACGAUCUUUUCACAUUCGAUUCGGUUUCGAAACUUCAAACUUUAUUUGGUGCGGGUCGCUGAAACUAUACCAUGAAUCCAUCAUAUUUGGGAACGAAACUUUCGCUCUCGGUAGAAGUGCUAUUGCCAACGAAAUCACCGCACGGGGACAAAAUGUCAACUUAUGAUUAUCAGCAUCCCCUUUUUACGCUAGGACAGUAUCAGUGUGCGCGUAGCCACAACUUCCCAGAUCGAGGCAGACCUUAAUUGAGUACACCGAAAUCCGAUGUAGAUCUUCCAGACUGUUAGUAUCAGGUACGUGAACGGUUCAUGUAUAAUUUUGAAACUGAAAAUUUAUGUUUUAGUUUUGCACGUUUUACAGGGUCCAGCCUGAUCCUUUCUAGGGCGAUGCAGCCAUCUUUGACCGGAGGCAAAUGUGAUGGAUGCAAUUUUGGCUGAGAAAAUCCUCCCCUGUAGGAGAUAUAUUUCAAAGUUUUCCGGGGAUUUUUUAUGACACUCUUCGUGCAUGGUGCACGCCAUUCGUUUCUAGGUUGGCUUUCGAUGAUUUAAUCGAUCUAAAGGCAACAAUUUAUUUCCUGCUCUCGGAAAGGAAUGGUGUCGGUAUCGGAACAUUUAUCGUGAAAAAUAAUGUGGUCAAAGCUAAACGAUGUCAGCUGAUAAGGUCUACAAACAGUUAUUGAAUAAAGUGAAGAAAUAGAAAUUACUUAAAAACAAAUUUUUAAAUCCGAAAAAUCAUUCAUAGUACAACAUAUUUUCCUUCUCCUUUCAAGGACACUCAAUGAAAUCCCCACAUUAAGAGUAUGACUGUGUCUUUAAAGAACUGUAAAAACUUAUGUAUGAGAACACUAUUCAAUAAACAGUUUCCUUAGGUUCAUAGAAAAAGUAAAUAGUAAGUAUCGAACUAUAAUAUCUAAAGCCUAAAUCAACGGUUGAUUUGCUUUCUGAUGACUUGCCUUUGAAAUCUGUUAGGAGACUUUAAUGGAAAAUAGUUUAGUAUUUUACCAAGAACAGUCAUCUUAACGCUUCAUUACGCCUUCAGUUAUAGUUAACUGAAUAUGGGAUAAAACUACAAAUUAAAAUACAAUUAUGAAUUUUAAUAUGUUUAAUAUGAAAUAUUCGUUUCGAAAAUUUUUACCUGUACAGCUCCGAGUUGGAAUCUUCCGGUGUACAAAAAUAGGGGACGUCGGUAAAAAAAACUGAAAGCAUAUUGUCUAGUUGUGACCGUUAGAACACAGUUCUCAUUCAGGAAAUUCACUUUAGUAUCGUAUCCGUUGAUCUUUUUUUCUGGUUAAAGUGACUGCUUAAGGCUGACUGCACAUUUUUCUUCAAUCACUAAUAGCGAACCGAUUUACUGACGAACAAAAAACACGAAGAACUUUGACCAGUAAAGGCACAGAUUUUGGGACUGUUGAAAAUUUUCAUAACAAACCGCCAACUGCUGUUACCUAGGAAAUAUUCACACCGUCAGUAGUGACGUAGGCUUUGUUUAUGUUUUCAUGGUGAUCUGCGCCACCUUUCUAGAAAUUUAUACAGGUUGGUUAUUCUCGACCGACGGCUGGAGUUCAAAACUCAUACGAACUAUGUUGUCGACAAAGUUUCUCGAAACCUUGGAUUCUUGUUUCAUAUGGUCGAAGACUUCAAAAAAAUAUAUUACCUUAAAAGUCUUUAUUGUUGCAUAGUUUUUUCUUUUCUCGAGUACGCUUCAGCUGUUUGGUGCCCUUUCUACUAACAUAGAGCUGAAAGAAUCGCUCAAUUGACGUUGUUGAAGGCAUUCCUCACAUACAAGAACGUGAUCGCACAAAAGCGGCUUUAGACACCCGUGGACAGUGUCAAUGGCUGUUUUCAGAACUCGAUAAUAUGCUGUAUCCACAUAAACUGUCCAUGGUGUUUUCACAAGAUUUCAACUUUGCUCCCAAUGCUUCUUUGUAUCCUUGUAGUACCUGAGGCCUGUGGCAUCCUUGUGUAUGUCCUAUGUGCACUGAUCAUACUGACAGGGCACUAAGAACAAAACAUCGAUCAUUUUCUUGCUAAUUUUUUCGUCACAUAUACCGACGGUAGGUGGCGAACCUACCAUUUUUCAUAUACAAAUGCCCUGUAGGAAAAAUGUACCUGUUUAGCCCGAUUUUAUUCAGUUGGGUGAAACUUUCUAACUGGGAUAGCAUUUCUUCAAAUCGAUAGAUGCGCACUCUGGAAUCGAUAUUGCGUACUGUUGGAAAAAAUAUCCAAAUAAAGAAAUCGAGUGUCCAGUUAGUAUGGUCAGUGCAGCCAGCAAUCAGGUUAAUUGUGCGCCAGUUUCGAGAAGUCUUCGAAGAUGAUCCACUCCACAGUACCUAAAGAGAAAUGUUUGGUUAAGAUACAUGCAAGUUUGUAUUUUCGACGAGAUUUUUCAAUUACCCACUCUAGAAAUUUAGUAAAGCGGUGUCCCUUUCGCUGUUUCCAAAGACUUGUGCGUUCGAUGACUGAUUGCAUAAAAUAACAAUGUAUGUACCCAUGAACAAUUGUACUGAGAGUUAAUGAAAUUUUUCGAUAAACCUAUUGGCAAGUGUUCCGUUCAAAUAUGUUAAGUUUGAGUAAUAGGGCCUAAGGCUUUGUGGUGAUCCGUUCAAUCUUUAAAUGUUAAAUAAACCAGCUGAUAAGACGUUCCGUUAUUCUUUCAAUCUAUAUUACUACUUCCAAGUUUUUGUAUCAACCAAUUAGAAAAAACAAAUGCAGUUUGCUAAAAAAACUAAAUAAAACAAAGAAGCGCGCCAUGGUAACACAAGAGCCAAAUUUUCGAAUAGAAAGUCGAGUCGAUACAGAUGAACUUUGCGAGAACAACUGAUUGUAGCAUACGUUUUAAUAACUUUGAGAUCAUUUUAGUUUAAAUUGGUUAGAAUAUACGAUUUUAAGGACAAAAACAGAGUGAAACUUUUUGUUCAAGUUUCAAAAAGUUCAAUAAGUAACGGCAUAUUUCGUUAGGUCCUCUUCAGAACUGAAAGCAUAAACUAAGUUGUAAAAUUCAAGAAAAAAUCAUCUUACAGAAAAGCAUCAUCAAACAACAGUAUCAAAGGGUAUCAUAUUUUAACUGUUAAUUCCCUUCCACCAAUGAAUAUCAAGCCAUCAGAAUCCAUCUUCGAUUUUCAACAGCAUCUUUCCAUCUAUUUUUGUCAUUCAAUGGCGUAAAACAAGUAGUGUUAGAUUAUAAUUUUAAAGUAAAACUUUUGCGUUCAAUUUUUGCCCCUAACUUCCUUUAAACCAUCCUUAAGGUCCAAAGUACCAGUUAGGAGUCACACCGUAUUGUUUGUGAAACUCGGCACUUUAACAAUGGAACACGAAUGUUAACAUGUCAAUACUGAGAGGCAGAUUUGUUGAUUUCAAUAAAUGUGUGGUAGCACGUUUUCGAAACACAACAAUAGUGUAGCAGAAAAACAGUUAUCAAGAAACAGCUGUCUACCGGAAAUUUUUAUUUUCUCGAUCAAGUACUAGAGCUACGAAAGCCAUGGCUUAAGAGAAUCCAUCAUGAAAAAGAUCGAAGAAAGUACCAUCGUUGGCUGAGAAAAUUCAAGUAGAGAACGUGUUUUUUUUUAUUGAGUAAUAAUUAUUUGUGAUUUUUUAUCCUUAUUUUUUAUUUUCAACUCUAUCAUAAGAAAAAUGUCAAAAUUUGGUCGAAGAACAUUUGAAUUCUGAUUGUUAUUCAUUAUUCAAGACUUCUUCUUCAAAUACCUUAGAUAACAUUCUAUUUUUAUUUAUGAAAUCUGAUUCAAAUCGAAAUUCUUGGCAAGCUUCGAUCGGGUUUCCCCGAGAAAAAAAGCUGUGAUCGAGUUCGUUCAGAAGCUUUUGUGAGUCACAUGAAAUAUAGCAAAGCUUUGAAAUAUUUCACCCAUUCGUGUAUGGCAAACUUGAACGUUUCGUUUGAACUUUCCUAUCCCUGAACAAAAAACCGACGAUCAACAAGACAAAUUCAAGCGUUUCGGCUUUGAGCAUAGGCUCGAUAUUUUAAUAGAAAAAAAUCACAUCUCUACUUGAAUGUUUCUUGACGAGUAGUAUUUUUCCACCAAACAAUUAAAAUUAUACUAACAAAGAGAUACUUCUAAUAUCGUAACUGCAUAGAAUUUAAUGGAAAAAAUGAGAAGAAUAUUAUUGAUUACAAAAUUCUUGUCGGUCGCUAAGGCUGGUAAGCUAGAUAAAAGAAAAUAUAUAAGAAUAAUGUGAUUGCAUAUAGUCUUGUGGUUUACUGUAGUUUGUUUUUAUUGAAUAAUAUUGAUUUUUAUCAAAUCGAUUCCUUUUUUAUAAAAAUAUAUAAGCAUAAAAAGAAGCAAAAACAUAUAUUUACAUUACACCAUAUUCGAAUUGAUCUACUGAAUCGCAUUGAAUAUUGCAUUUAGAGUCACGUUUUAAAGAGGCUUUUUUAAAGCUGAAUGACGUUUCUAUCAGUUUUCUUCUCCAUGUCCGUUACCUCCAUUCUCAAAAUGCUUGAACUUCCAGCUUGAUGGCAAUUCGAUUGAUUAGGUUUUUCUAAAUGUUUUUUGACUAUCGACACCAUAAUAUAUAGAUGAGGGAAACCAACCCGUUAGUAGUUAAUCGUAGUUUUCAUCUCAAUUUCGAAACAAUUUUUAAGAAGGCAUUUCCGUCAAAGAAAAAAAAAACCUUACAACCAAGGGCAUACAAAGGAUAAUUCCAUUAAAGAACAAACAGUACCUACCUAUCUUUCAUUCUAAGCAAUUUCUAAGUUGUACACAAUUUUUGAUCCUGUUUAAGCUAUGCAAUCAACUAAUUCCUCUUCUACUAUAACAAACACGUAUUUAGGGAUAAGAUUAUAAAAUUUUACAAAGUAAAAUCCACCUCAAUCUUCUAUCUGUAUUUCUUUCUACAAGUUACUUUUACCCAACUUCUUGAAUCUUUUAUCUAAUGAUAUCAAUCAACCAAACCAAGCCAACUAGAAAAUUGAGCAAACCCAUUCUGAAUAACAAAUGCGUUUUGAUGUGCGUCUUGUAAUCCCACAAAUACUAGAAUGAAACAUGUUUGAUUCUUAAUAACGUUAUAGAUACUAAAAUUUAAACAACCUAAAUCCAAAAAUGGGGAAAAACACAAACGACAAAUUCGAAAAUUGAAAUACCUUAACUGUAUUUGAUACUGCUAGCGAAAAUAAGACAUUUGAAAAUGAAGAAAAACGAAUAAUUUUCAAUCCCAAAAUGAAAACCAACCGAUUAUCACAGAUAGGAAAUAUAUAUUCACUGCAGAAAUUAUCAGCCUCUUGAAAGUUUUCAAACAACAAAAGACAAGCACAAAGCUCUACUGAUAUAAUUAUUCCGCGCUGAAAUUCAAAGUUACAAACAACAGAUUUUUUCUACUUUUUCAAGUAGAUCAAAGUGCUUGCAAAUAAGCCAGAGCCAGUAAAUCGAAUGAAUUGUUAAAAUUAUCAUUAAGAGGGAUACAAAAAAAAACAAACAACUUGUUGAGUGCAGCGUUAUAACAAACAGAACAAAAAAAAUCACCAACAAAAGCUAAGUUGCUAAGCAAAUAUAAAAAAAAACCUAGAAGAAAGGUUAAACUGAACAAAAUAACGUAAGAUGACAUGAAAUAAAGCAGAUCACAACAACUGUGAGAGAAGCCAAACGAACAAACGAAGACGAGACGAGAGAGGCGAGUAUAGUGGUUCCGAUCAAAACUAUUUCAAAAACAAAACAAAAAACAAACACUGUACAGCAACAAAGUGAGUGCUUCAAUAAAAGUCAUAUAUUAUA